UUCCUUUUGUUGGAGUCAAAGUUUUUGUAGGCUUAUGCAAGCAUGUCACUUUCAAGAUACUAGUCAUCUUGCAAGCGCAAAGUCAAAGAGCGCAGAAUUCAGGCACACCAUUUACCAGUUAACAGAAUCUAGUGAAAUGAAGCUGACAUCUCGCCUCUGCUUCAGGAUUCUUGAAAUUAUUUGAUUCUGAGCAGGACAUCCUAUACAAAAACACGUUCCUAUGCAUGAGGAUCAUGGAUUUUCCAGGACACUUUGAGCAAAUCUUUCAGCAGCUAAACUACCAGAGGCUUCAUGGCCAACUUUGUGACUGUGUCAUUGUGGUGGGAAACAGGCAUUUCAAAGCCCAUCGUUCAGUUCUGGCAGCGUGUAGCACACAUUUCCGAGCUCUCUUUACUGUUGCAGAGGGAGAUCAAACUAUGAACAUGAUUCAGCUGGACAGUGAAGUGGUGACAGCUGAAGCUUUUGCUGCUCUAAUUGACAUGAUGUACACUUCCACAUUAAUGCUUGGAGAGAGCAAUGUUAUGGAUGUCUUGCUGGCUGCUUCUCACUUACAUUUGAACUCUGUUGUUAAAGCAUGUAAACACUACCUUACUACCAGGACACUGCCGAUGUUCCCACCUAAUGAUAGAGUUCAAGAACAAAAUGCGCGCAUGCAAAGAUCUUUCAUGCUUCAGCAGCUUGGACUGAGCAUUGUGAGCUCUGCAUUAAAUUCCACUCAGAGCACAGAGGAGCAACCAAGUACCAUGAGCUCAUCGAUGAGAGGUAACAUAGAGCAGCGCACGACUUUUCCUAUUCGGCGUCUCCACAAGCGUAAACAGUCUUCUGAAGAUCGGGCCCGGCAGCGAAUCAGACCUACCAUAGAUGAGUCCGUUACAGAUGUUACUCCAGAGAGUGGACAGUCAGUAGUUCAUUCACGGGAAGAUUUCUUUUCACCAGAUUCACUGAAGAUUGUGGACAAUUCUAAGGCUGAUGCUGUAACUGAUAAUCAGGAGGAUAAUACUAUUAUGUUUGAUCAGUCUUUCAGUGCUCAGGAAGAUGCUCAACUGCCCAGCCAAUCUGACAACAGUGGAGGAAACAUUUCACAGAUGUCCAUGGCAUCCCAGGCAACGCAGGUGGAAACCAGCUUUGACCAAGACACUACUUCUGAGAAGAACAACUUCCCGUGUGAGAAUCCGGAGGUCAGCCUGAAUGAGAAAGAGCAUAUGAGAGUGGUGGUUAAAUCUGAGCCCUUGAGUUCCCCAGAGCCUCAAGAUGAAGUGAGUGAUGUCACUUCUCAAGCAGAAGGCAGUGAGUCUGUUGAAGUGGAAGGAGGAGUGGUGAGCGCAGAGAAGAUAGAACUGAGUCCUGAAAGCAGUGAUCGUAGCUUUUCUGAUCCUCAGUCCAGUACUGAUAGGGUGGGAGACAUCCAUAUUAUGGAAGUGUCAAAUAACCUGGAACACAAGUCCACUUUCAGUAUCUCUAAUUUUCUGAAUAAAAGCAGAGGUGGCAGCUUUGGUGCUAGUCAAAAUAAUGAUGACAACAUUCCAAAUACAACAAGUGACUGCAGAAUGGACAGUGAUGCCUCUUACCUAAUGAGUCCAGAAUCCGGGUCUGCGAGUGGUCAUUCAUCUGCGACAGUCUCUCAUGUAGAGAAUCCUUUUAGUGAGCCUGCGGACUCUCACUUUGUUAGACCAAUGCAGGAUGUAAUGGGUCUUCCCUGUGUACAGACAUCUGGAUACCGGGCUGCAGAACAGUUUGGUAUGGAUUUUCCAAGGUCAGGCUUGGGCCUGCAUUCUCUGUCAAGGGCAAUGAUGGGCUCUGUAAGAGGUGGAGCUAGUAGCUUUCCUGGCUACCGUCGCAUAGCCCCCAAAAUGCCUGUUGUGACCUCUGUCAGGAGCUCCCAGCUGCAAGAUAACUCUUCCAGUUCCCAGCUGUUAAUGAAUGGGACCACUUCUUCUUUUGAAAAUGGGCAUCCUUCACAACCUGGUCCACCACAGUUGACAAGGGCAUCUGCAGAUGUUCUUUCAAAAUGUAAGAAGGCCUUAUCUGAGCACAAUGUCUUGGUUGUAGAAGGUGCUCGCAAAUAUGCCUGUAAGAUCUGCUGCAAGACUUUUUUGACCCUAACAGACUGUAAGAAGCACAUCCGCGUGCAUACAGGAGAAAAGCCUUAUGCCUGUUUAAAGUGUGGCAAACGGUUCAGCCAGUCCAGCCAUCUAUAUAAACAUUCCAAAACAACCUGCCUGAGGUGGCAGAGCAGCAAUCUACCUAGCACUUUGCUUUAAUCUUUUUCCACCCGCUGGCCUGAAUGAGAGUGCCAGUACAAACUUUUAAGUAUCUGAAGUAUUUCAGGAACAUUAACACUAUUUUGCUCAAGGCUGCAGGUUAAGAAGCUGCCCUUGUAGAUCAGCGAACGUUUUAAGUGUGAUUGUGCCACACACACAAAAGGUUCUGUAAAUUGGGGAUAAUACCAUACCUACCUCACAGGGGUGUUGUGAGGCUAAAACAACUGUUAGUGAAGUGCUUUGAGAUCCUCAGAAGGUGGCACUGUUUCUAUGUUAAGCGUUAUUAUUAUGUACAUGCAGGCCUUGGGCUCACAGGGAUAUAAUCCCUAAAACUAAGUAGUUCCUUUGCAGGGCAGAGGCAUGGGGGUUGAGUGAGAACAUAGUUGUCUCCUGAUUAUGUUUAAGCCGUAUGUUUCAAGAAUGAGAAACUUAAGUGCAAAUUUCCUCUUUUUUUUUUUUAAGGUAUUUUGUAAAAGUGAAAGCAUUUAAAUAAAUGACUUGUGAAAUAGGUUGAUGAACUGUGUAUGAAAAAUAAUGCAAAGAGCUCUUUGGGUAUGGAAAAAAUGCAAAUUGCAUAUCUUUAAAAGGAAGACAACUUUGGAUGCACCUGUCUGCCAUAAAAUGCUUUAAAAUAUGUUGAUUAUAAAAAUAGUUUUAGAGUUCUGAAUGUAUGUUUGGCUGUUUUGUAGUAAAGGACACUGUGUAAUGAAGGUGCUUAAAUUAAAUCCGAGACAAGUAACUUUUGGUCUGCCAGAUGCGUAUGUACUUUGAAUACACCAAGAUCUGGGUGUUUCACCAAUUUUUUUCUGUAAAAACUUGUAUUAAGUGAUAAGUGAAGUACUGUUUCUUGUUAGUGCUAUUCUUAGCAGUAUUUUAACCAACUUGUAUUUCAUAUGUUAAAAUUCCAUGUACACAGAAGUCUGAAAAGAGCUUGUCUUUGCCUGCUUUGUUAGUCUGAAUGAGAGAUACAAUUUGUGAUGGCUUUUUCUACUGUGUGUCUUGCUGUUUCUAGAUGCUGAUAGUCAAUCUGAUCCACAUUACUGCGUCACAUGACUAUCCUUUUCUCAUAUUAUUAUCUUUGAGCUUUAAUUUCCUUCUCCAUAUACUUACUUUCCUUUCCAACUGUGGGUUUUUUUCUCGGAUCAAAGCAGUAAGGAAUGAUCUUCAUUUGCCGUACUUAUUUAUAUCUCUGUAUAACGUAGUUAUCAAAUCCAGGCCUUCAGUUUAAAGUAGAGUCGUAACAGUACUUUUUCCACAUAAAUUAAAAAAAAAAGCAUAAAUUUAAUUUUAAAAAAUAGCACUGUACACCUUGUAAAGGAGUUUGUGAUCUUUAUUCUUCAAGUGAAUCACAUACAUCUUGUUUUUAAUUUCCUCCUCUUUGAUACCACUGUAACUAAUACCGUUUGUAGUUUCUUCUUCUUUGUUAAAGAUGCACAUGAACUUAACUAUUAAUUUUUGGGUUAUUAGGUUUCUAAAUAACGUUUGGGAGCACUUCUACUGAUAAAUGUUACUCUGCUAUGUAAGAGACGGGUCAGGAUUUCAGCAUGUCUGUUCUACUCAGGAGAGACAGAUGAUAACAUUUCUGUGACUAAAUCACACAGCAAAUGCUUCUAUGAAUAUAAAAAAAACCUUUGGAAACUUUCUCCUCUUUGUCUGUGUUGCAAAUGUAUCCUGUGUGGUGAUGUUCAGCAGUUUUGAGGACUUGUGCUAUCUGAUGGUUAGGUUUCUUAAACAUCUUGCAUUUUCUUAAGCAUCUUGCAUUUGGAUAAGUUAAAAAUAAAAUCUUAAUCCACAGUCCUGUAGGUAACUUAGCAGGGUGAGCUAUCAAAACUAUUGAAGCACAGAAACCAAAUGUUCACUGUCAGACCAAAGGAAAAAUAGAACUCCUACAUUUGGCUUUAUGUGAAACAGUAAAUAGCUACGGAAGAAACAUGUCUUCAUCUCUAUUACUCCUCUCUAUGUUGAAAAAAUACCUAGUGUCUGUCGAUGUGUCGUUUGCAGCUUGAGCAUCCAAGGUAAAUAGGAACAUGGAACUAUAGUGAAUGACCUGAUUAAUUCCUUUAAAAUGUUAAAAUGCCAUUAUAGAAUUUAUCUAAUGGUCCUAUUUCUGGUUCUUGAUUUUUAAAGCAUUAAAUAAAUAUACCACAUUUAUAAAAAGAUUAGGAAAUGCCACAUUAUGUUUGAUAAUCACUUUGAUAUCAGGGGACUAACAGCAUUGAGCUAUACUAAAUGAUCUUGCGGGAACAUCAAUAAAAUGCAGUGUUUCAUACUUUGAUAUUUUAUUUUUAAUGUGUUGCCUUAUUAGUAACAUUGAU